GCAAGAGCCAUACUUUCUAGCUAGGAGCCUCAUCAACUUGAUAUAUAUAUAUAUAUAUAUAUAUAGAGAGAGAGAGAGAGAGAGAGAGAGAGAUGGGGAACAGUAUAGGAUCAGGAAGAAAGAAAGCUAAGGUGAUGAAGAUCAAUGGAGAAACCUUGAAGUUCAAAACCCCAGUGCGAGCAUGGGAAGUUCUUAAGGACUGCCCUGGUCACGUCUUACUGGAGUCCGAGGCUGUAAAGCGUUAUGGCAUCCGAGCCAAGCCAUUAGAACCGGAGCAACAGCUCAUCCCCAAGAAAAUAUACUUCCUAGUACUAGAUGAUCAACUACCCAAGUCUUCUGACGAAAAGGUGCCUAGAGCUGUAAGGUCUCAGUCAGGUGGCAUACACAUGAGUGCCAAGGACCGGCUCGAGUGCUUGAUGCUAUCUCGGAGAACGGUUUCUGAUCUUUCUAUUAAUAGAGCGCCGAGUGUUGUGUCCGAUCGUUCUGGGCAUUUGAAGGUGAAAAUAAGGUUACCAAGCGAUCAAAUGGCCAGAUUGGUGGCUGAAAGCAGAGAUGGCGUGGAGGUGGCCGAGAAGAUCUUAGAUCUUUAUAGGGACCGCGCCGGAGAGAUUAAUGAGGAUGUGCCGGAGGGAAAAGAGGACGCAUUGAUGCACCGGGAAGCACCAUGGAAACCGGCUCUAGGGAGUAUUGGGGAGAAGACCAAGGCACAUAAGAAGCGAGUUAGUUUCGUUCCAAUGGAAGAGGAAAAUUGCUUGGAUGGGCCUCUAAGUAGCAGUCGACUCAACCGAAGAAUCGAGUGAAACUGCAAAAACUCCUUUCUAUAUAAGUGUCCUAUAAAUAUAUAUAUAUAUAUAUAUUAUUCUUGCGAGUUAUAAAUUUGCAAAUAUGUUGUAGGCAACAUCUUGUAGUACUAUACGUAUUUAUUUUUUAAGAAUAUUAUUCAUCAUCCUUUUACCA